UUCCGACGGGGGUGCGGCUCCAGGAAACGGCGCGCUCGCUGCUCCGCGCUCCAGCGACCCGACGCGCCCCAGACGACCCCGCCGACUCAGCCAGACCACCCGGCGGGCCCCAGCGGCGGCGGCGGGGAGAUCCGCCCCGGCUCCGCUCCUCGGACCCCUCCGCACGGACGGGGCGGGCGGCGCCAAUAGGAGCCCGGGAGGCCAUGGGGACCUGGGUCGGGCCAGCGGUCGCGGGCCAGCGUGAGCCCCAGGUCUGAGGAGUGGGCGGCGGGGCAGCGAGGGCCAUGACCUCGGUGUGGAAGCGCCUGCAGCGCGUGGGCAAGCGGGCCGCCAAGUUCCAGUUUGUGGCCUGUUACCACGAGCUGGUGGUGGAGUGCACCAAGAAAUGGCAACCUGAUAAGCUGGUGGUUGUGUGGACCCGGCGGAACCGGCGCAUCUGCUCCAAGGCCCACAGCUGGCAACCGGGCAUCCAGAACCCAUACCGGGGCACCGUGGUGUGGAUGGUACCUGAGAAUGUGGACAUCUCUGUGACCCUGUACCGGGACCCCCACGUGGACCAGUAUGAGGCCAAAGAGUGGACGUUUAUUAUUGAGAAUGAGUCCAAGGGGCAGCGGAAGGUGCUGGCCACGGCUGAGGUAGACCUGGCCCACCAUGCAGGGCCUGUGCCUGCCCAAGUUCCGCUGCGGUUGCGGCUGAAGCCCAAGUCGGUGAAGGUGGUGCAGGCCGAGCUGAGCCUCACUCUCUCGGGGGUGCUGCUGCGGGAGGGCCGAGCCACGGACGAUGACAUGCAGAGUCUUGCGAGCCUCAUGAGCAUGAAGCCUAGUGAUGUGGGCAACUUGGAGGACUUUGCUGAGAGUGACGAGGAGGAGGCUAAUGGUCCAGGGACCCUGGAGGUGCGGGCUCGUGUCCCCCAGCCAGAUGCCUCUCGGGAGCUGAAGACACUUUGUGAGGAGGAGGAAGAGGGCCGGCUCCAGCAGGCAGCUGCCAGCCCUUCUAGUGCUGAGGAUACCAGCCCAGCACCUGUGAGUGCCCCUGCGCCCCCAGCCAGGGCCUCCCGGGGCCAGGAGUCAGAACCAGCUACCAUAGCUGGGGGCCAGGUGGGGCCCAAGGCCCCCAGGCCCCCCAGAACCCCACCCGAGACAAGGUCCUCAAGACAGCCAGGCCAAGAUGUGGCCCCCACCCCGGCCCCUCGGCUCCGGAAAGGCUCUGAUGCCCCCUGGCCCCCAGUCCACCAAGAGGAUGAUGAGGCCCCCAAAGACUCAGGGGCUCCCCCAGCAGGAGUGGAUUCUGCUGUGGAGACCCAGGCCCUGGAAAGCCCUCAGGAAGGGACAGAAGCCCAGGGAGCAGGGCUGGGCCCAAGCACUGAGGACAGACACUCCAGCAAAGUUUUGGAAGGGCAGAAACCCAUGGCUGAGGAAGGGGGCAUUGGGGACAGGCCAGAGGCUAGUGGGGUGGCCACUGAGCAUGGGUUAGGAGUCAGAGAGGUGAAUAAGAAGAGGUCAGAUGUCAGAGCUUGGGAGGCUGAAGAGAGUUUAGGAAUAGGUCAAGUGGAUGCUCAGCGGAGGUCAAAUGUGAGACAUGUGGACACUAAGGGACCAGAGUCUACAGGGGUGACAUCUGAGGCAAGAUUCAAGGGGACUCCUGAGGCUCCUCCAAGGGGCUCUCAGGGGAAGACAGGCGUCAGGACCAGGGAUGAGGCUCACACAAUCCUGAGCCCACCUCCAGCAGAGCCUGCAGGGCAUUCCAGGCAUCUUGGUGACCUCAAGGGGAUCAGGGCUGCUGCAGGCCAGGAGAAAGAGGGUGCAGAGGUGAAGAACAGAGCCCUGGGUAUUGGGGGGACAGGCCUGGAGCAGGGCACCUCUGUUGGAGCAGCAAGUGCCAGUCCCCAGGUGAGCAGGUACCAAGGGGCCCCACUAGCAGCUGACCAGGGGGCAGUGUCUAGGGAUCUGAGGGUCUGGGAGGUAGAAACUGGGGAUUCAAGGGUCCCGGGACCAGAGACUAGGGUGGUAGAAUCAGAGUCACUGGGGACCCAGGAGAUGGAAGUGGGGGGCUCAGUGUUUCCACAGAUAGAGACCGAGACAGCAGAAGCAGAGAUAUUGGGGACCCAGGAGACAAAAAGAGUGAGAUCAGGGGUCCUGGAGUCAGAGGCUGCUGAGAUGACAGAGUCUAAGGAACUAGGGACCCAGAAAACAGGGGUAAGGAUUUUAGGGGUCCCCGGGACAGAGGCUGGGAUGGCAGAGUAUAAGGUACUGGGGACGCAGGAAACAGAGGCUGGGGGUUCAGGAGUUCUGGGGAUAAAGACUAGGGUGUCAGAGACGGAGAUAUUAGGGACCCAGGAGAUAUCUGGGGGUUCAAGAGUGCUGAAGAUAGAAGCUGAGAGAGCAGAAUCUGAAAUAUUGGGGGCCCAGGAGACAGAGAUGAGGUUUUCAGGGGUCUCAGAGAUAAAAUCAGAGAUAACAAGGACCCAGGAAACAGAGUUAGAAGGUUCUGAGGUCACAGGGUUUGAGACUGAGACAGCAGAAGCUGAGAUCCCGGGGACCCAGGAGACAGAGGUAGUGGGUUUAGGGGUCCCUGAGAUAGAGACUGAGACAGCAGAAGCUGAGAUAUUGGGGACCCAGGAGACAGAGGUAGUGGGUUCAGGGGUCCCAGAGAUAGAGACUGAGACAGCAGAAGCUGAGAUCCCGGGGACCCAGGAGACAGAGGUAGUGGGUUUAGGGGUCCCUGAGAUAGAGACUGAGACAGCAGAAGCUGAGGUCCUGGGGACCCAGAAGACAGAGGUAGGGGGUUCAGGGGUCCCAGAGAUAGAGACUGAGACAGCAGAAGCUGAGAUCCCGGGGACCCAGGAGACAGAGGUAGUGGGUUUAGGGGUCCCUGAGAUAGAGACUGAGACAGCAGAAGCUGAGGUCCUGGGGACCCAGAAGACAGAGGUAGGGGGUUCAGGGGUCCCAGAGAUAGAGACUGAGACAGCAGAAGCUGAGAUAUUGGGGACGCAGGAGACAGAGGUAGUGGGUUCAGGGGUCCCAGAGACAGAGACUAAGACGGCAGAAGCAGGGAUAUUGGGGACCCAGGAGAUGGCAUUUGGGGGUUCAGGGGUCCCAGGAACAGAGACUAAGAUAGUGGGGCCUGAGGAGACAGAAGUGGGUGAUUCAGGGUUUUCAAGGCCAGUGGCUAGAAUGGUAGAGGCUGAGGGACUGGAGACUCAACAGACAGAAAGUACCGUUUUAGAGGCUGAGAAAGCAAAGGCCAAAACUUCUGGGGUCCAGGAGGCAGAGACUGGACUCUGGAGGACCCUCAAAUAUGAGGCUUUAAGGGUCCCAGUCAUAAAGCAUGGAAUUUUAGAGUCCCAGGGAGCAGAGGCAGAGACUACAAUUUUGAGGGAACAGGAGGCAGAGGCUGGGGUUUGGGGGGUUUCAGAGGCCAGGUCUGGGGUUUGGGAAGCCAAUGAACCAGAGAUGGAGGUUCCAGGGGCUUCAGAGAACCAAUCUGGUAUUUUCGAGGCCCAGGAAGCAGAGGCUGGGGUCUCAGGAACCGAGAAGGGAAAAGAAGCUGAGGGAAACCUCCCAGAGGCCAGCCUGAUUGAGGCGCAGGUGGCCAGUGGGGCAGGGGCUGGGGUGCCCAGGCCCUUGGGGGCCUCUUCCCCAGAGGAGCCUGAAGAGGACAGGAGGCUGCCGGGCAGCCAGGCACCGCCUGCCCUGGUGAGCUUUAGCCAGUCCCUGCUGGAGUGGUGCCAGGAAGUCACCGCUGGCUACCGUGGUGUCCGCAUCACCAACUUUACCACAUCAUGGCGCAACGGCUUGGCCUUCUGUGCCAUCCUGCAUCGAUUCUACCCAGACAAGAUCGACUUUGCCUCCCUUGACCCACUCAACAUCAAACAGAACAACAAGCAGGCCUUCGAUGGCUUCGCGGCCCUGGGCGUAUCGCGGCUGCUGGAGCCGGCGGACAUGGUGCUGCUGACUGUGCCCGACAAACUCAUCGUCAUGACGUACCUGUGCCAGAUCCGCGCCUUCUGCACAGGGCAGGAGCUGCAGUUGGUGCAGCUGGAGGGCGGCGGCGGCGCCGGCACGUACCGCGUGGCUAGCGCCCAGCGGAGUCCGCCCGACGACCUGGACGCCAGCGGCCUGGCGCAGCGGCUGCGCGAGCAUCGGGCCGAGGCGACCCAGGAACCCCAGGAGGCCGUCACCCCCGCAGACGGAGUGGCCCCUGAGGUGGACUCCAAGGACCGCGGGGCCGUGGCUGCCCAGGAGGCGCGCUCCGCCGACGCCCCGGCCAAUGGGCAGGCGUCCGCGCCUCCGGGAGAGGGUCUGGUGAACGGGGUGGGGGCGCCGGGCGCCGCGGGCGGCGUGAAGCUGCGGCGGCCGACGGUCAACGCGGAGGCUGGGCCCGUGCCCCCUCCCCGCGCGCAUGGCUCCUUCUCCCACGUGCGCGACGCAGACCUGCUGAAGAAGAGGCGCUCGAGGCUGCGGAACAGCAACUCCUUCUCUGUGGACGAUCCGGACUCGGGAGCCCCGGGAGCUGGCGGAGCUGCAGCGGAAGGCAUGAGCCCUGACCCCAGCCCUGCCCCCGGCCCACCCACAGCCACAGCCCCACAGCAGUCCCCAGGUGGGACAUCAGAGGAACCGCCCCCAAGCCCAGGGGAGGAGGCUGGGCUGCAACGGUUCCAGGACACAAGUCAGUACGUGUGCGCAGAGCUACAGGCUCUGGAGCAGGAGCAGAGGCAGAUAGAUGGGCGGGCAGCCGAGGUGGAGACGCAGCUGAGGAGCCUCAUGGAGUCAGGUGCCAACAGGCUGCAGGAGGAGGUGCUGAUCCAGGAGUGGUUCACACUGGUCAACAAGAAGAACGCUCUCAUCCGGAGGCAGGACCAGCUGCAGCUGCUCAUCGAAGAGCAGGACUUGGAGCGGAGGUUCGAGCUGCUUAGCCGGGAGCUGCGGGCCAUGCUGGCCAUUGAAGACUGGCUGAAAACGGCCGCGCAGCAGCACCGAGAGCAGCUGCUGCUGGAAGAGUUGGUGUCGCUGGUGAACCAGCGCGACGAGCUGGUCCGGGACCUGGACCAGAAGGAGCGGACCGCGCUGGAGGAGGACGAGCGCCUGGAACGCGGCCUGGAGCAGCGGCGCCGCAAGCUGAGCCGGCAGCUGAGCCGGCGCGAACGCUGCGUGCUGAGCUGAGGCCGCGCGGGCCCAGACGUCUUCGCCCCUCCUGGUCCAACCGGACUGCAGCUUUUCUCGCCGCCGCGCCGGGUCGCCGCUUCGGCCCUGCGCUCGGGAGGACCGGACCCUCACGGAUGCCGCGCACGGCCGGUAGGGGCCGCCGUUACCCUUCAGGUGGAGGGGAAGCGCGAACCUUCGGGCCCCGAAGGACAGGAGCGGCUGGGCGGCCGCGCCGUCCGGGCCGUAUUUAUUAGUCCGUGUGAGUGUGUGUGCGUGUGUUCGCGGCGGGCGGAGGGUCCCAGGCGCACCCCCAGAGCUCUUUCUCGAGGGCAGGGCCCGGCCGGCCAGCCCCAGGGGAGAGGGAUGGCUCGUGAACUGCCGCGCCCCCGCCCUACCCGCCUUCCUGUUACUCGCGAGCAAUAAAGUUAGAAAGGCCAAA